GUCAAACACAGGCCGAAGAAGGCCAAACAUCUUCGGUGAUUAAAGAGUCGAGCUAGAACAUGAGAAACAGAAGUAAUUCUGGCGUGCGUCUUGAUUACUAUCAACGCUUGGUUUACAAAACGAUUCUGAAACAUCAGGACCCAGUAACUGGACUGUUUGGUGGCACUGUGACACACGACCAUGCCUGGGUUAGGGACAACGUCUACUCUAUCAUGGCAGUGUGGGGUCUGGCCCAAGCAUACAAGAAGAAUGCUGAUCUGGACGAGGAUAGAGCAAAGACAUAUGAAUUGGAGCAGGCUGUUGUGAAGCUGAUGAGGGGCCUUUUAAGAUGUAUGAUGAUGCAAGUCGACAAGUUGGAGAAGUUUAAAUACACUCAGAGUCCUAAAGAUGCACUGCAUGCUAAGUAUAGCAGUAAGACUGGGAAGCCUGUUGUGGGAGAUGACGAGUGGGGUCACCUACAGAUAGAUGCUACAUCUCUGUACAUCCUUACUCUUGCUCAAAUGACUGCUUCAGGUAUCCAGAUAGUAUAUACUUUAGAUGAGGUUGCUUACAUCCAGAAUUUAGUUUUCUACAUAGAGUCUGCCUACAGAACUCCAGAUUAUGGUAUUUGGGAAAGAGGUGAUAAAACCAACCAUGGUCUUCCUGAGCUCAACUCAAGCUCCAUUGGUAUGGCAAAGGCAGCACUGGAGGCCAUCAAUGAGUUGGACCUAUUUGGAGCCCGGGGAGGCCCUACCUCCAUCAUCCAUGUCCUUCCUGAUGAAGCCCAGCAGUGUCAAGCUAUAUUACAUUCAAUGCUGCCUAAAGAAUCCAAUUCCAAGGAAAUAGACGCGGCCCUGAUCACAGUGAUAAGUUACCCAGCCUUUGCUGUUGAUGAUGUACGUCUGAUCAGUGAGACAAGGCAGCACAUACAACAACAACUCGAGGGAAAGUAUGGAUUUUGUCGGUUUUUGAGAGAUGGAUAUAAAACAGCCAAAGAGGAUCCAUCUCGACUUUACUAUGAACCCUGGGAACUACAGAUGUUUGAGAAGAUUGAAUGCCAGUGGCCCAUGUUCUUUGCCUACUUUUUGUUAGAUGGACUAUUUAACGGUAAUGAAGAACAGAUCAUAAAAUACAAGGAUCUAUUAGAUAGUGUCCUAAAGAAGCGAGAGGAUGGUGUUCUCAUGAUGCCUGAGUUAUACACAGUGCCAGCUGAAAAGGUGGAUGAAGAAUACAGAAAUCCUAACAGCCAGAAGCGUAUAGCCAUAGGGAAGUUACCUCAGAUGUGGGGAGAGUCCAUGCUGAUUCUUAGUAGGCUGAUAUUGGAGAAUUUUAUAUCUCCGGGUGAACUGGAUCCUCUGAAUCGACGCCUGGUUUCUGAACCUAAACCAGACAUAGUUGUACAAGUGGUGAUUCUUGCCGAGAAUUUAAAAAUUCAGGAGCAUUUAUUGGAACAUGGGAUUGAUGUGCAGACAUCUGCUGAGGUCUGUCCCAUUCAAGUGUACCCAGCCAGGGUACUAACACAGAUCUAUGCCCUACUAGGUAAAAACAAACGACUGGGUUUGACUGGACGACCAUCAAAUGAGAUUGGGCUGCUUGCAACAAGUAAACUGUACAUGCUACAGGACCAAAUCCUUGCUUUUAUUCCACAGUUUAUGGAUCAACAACAGUUUUACCUAACCCUAGACACCACUUUUACGGUCGACCAUUUCCGAAAUGAGAUUGCUUACCUGAAAAAUUCCUGGAAAGGACUUGGUCGUCCCACGGUAACCCUUCUUAUCAGUAAUAGCUUUUUAGAUAUGGGCCAGAGCCUUCCAGCAGCACUAGUGGCCACCAUUAAGAAAUUACAAAGUGGCUAUAUAGCUGGUACACGUGUUCAUAUGGGGAAGCUGAGUGACUUUCUGUCUACCUCCUGUGUUACCAAGCUCAGCUUUGUGUCUGAUGAUCCUCUACAAGAUGAAUACGUUGCAAGUAUUACUGAGGGUCUGUACUACGGUACUUGUCCUAGACCAAGACUGCUGUCAUUCAAGAAGGGGAAGAAAGGGAGACGAUUCUCCACAAAGUCAUCGGUAGCUGGCAUCGUGAGGCGAACCAGAUCCAUACAAAUAGACCCAGAACAUAUUCCAGCUCUACAUGCUUCUCUGAAGAGGCUAGACAGAAGUGGCCAGUCAGAUGGCAGCUCAUGCAGCAAUCCCAGUAGUCCUGGUUCUCCUGCUGACGAUUCUCAUGAUGAACAACACCCAAAAAUUCACCUGAAAGGCGGCCAUUUUGGAGAGGAUGUAGUUAGUCCUGUUGGAUCACCAAAAGUAUCCCACAAGGCCAUAUUCCACCGAGAUUCAUAUCAGGACAACAUCAGUAUCACAGAACUCAUUGAACAGCUGAAUAAUACAGAGGUUCUUCAAGAACAGGCAGACAUUGUACACUUCCUAUAUACAGAGAAGGGUUUAGACUGGGACACUGAGGUUGGAGGUAAAACCUGCUCUGUGAGGGAACUCCUGGUGGAGUUGUACGAAAAGGCAGGACACUGGAAGCAGUGGUGGCUGGUGAGACAUACGGCGGGGAUGUUGAGGAAACGAGUAGAAGAUCUGGCCCUGGCUGCCACUGAUUUGCUGGUGAGACAGAAACUAUUGUCUAUUGGUCUACCACCACACAGGGAAAAGGAGAUAUCUUGUCCCUUGCCUCCAGAUGAACUAGCCUCUAUCAUAUUUGAUGCUUGUGGAGCAGAUCUCAGUACAGCAUCCCUUACACAGGAAAUCCUUAUGUACCUGGCCAUGUUUAUCAGGACAGAGCCAAAACUGUUCCAUGAGAUGUUGAGACUACGGGUUGGUCUUAUCAUCCAGGUGAUGGCCUCAGAACUGGCCAGGACAUUUAAAUGUUCAGGUGAUGAAGCAUCUGAUCAUCUACUUAACUUGUCUCCCUUUGAGUUGAAAACACUUCUACAUCACAUCCUGAGUGGAAAGGAAUUUGUGAUAAGUUCAGAUGAGCAGUAUGCCAUGAAAAUGAGACAAGAGGCCAGAAGUGGUACUGCACCACUAGGAGGAGCUCUGACUUUGGAGGUCCCACAACGCAUUGGUAGGAGAAGGAGUAGUGUUGGUAACCUGGAAGUUCUGAAUCCUUACGUCCUCUUGGACCGACGGAAAAGUAUUGAAUGUUGUGAACUACAUCUGCCCCUGCUAGGAGAUAGGAGGCUGUCUAGUGCUGUCAUUUCUGCAACACCCAGUGUGUCUCUAAACCAGUCAGUGUUUGACAGUCCUGAAGAGGAAGACAUCUUGAUGGACCGACAGGGCCAAUGGCUCCGGAGACGCCGAUUGGAUGGAGCACUGAACCGUGUUCCUGUAGGAUUCUAUCCCCGAGUGUGGCACUUCCUCAAUACAUUUGGUCCUGGGGUAUCGGUAGAAGGAGAGCACCUGCCACAGACUCUUACUAAGGAGAUGACAUCAGGAGAGUUGAAGUUCGCACUUCGAGUUGAGAUGGUACUGAAUAGAAUUCCACAGCCAGAAUACCGUCAGCUGAUGGUGGAGGCACUCAUGGUCAUUACACUGAUUAGUGAGAACGAGUGGAAACCUGAAUACCGUGGUGUGGUCCAUAUUGAUAAAAUGGUUCAUGAAGCUAACAAUCUGUAUAUACAGGACCAGAAGAUGCCAGCAGCUGUGGCUCUCGAGUGUGAGGGAGCUGCCGGAAUUUGCCACCAUUUUUACGACAGUGCUCCUAGUGGUCGCUAUGGAACCAUGUCCUAUCUCUGCAGAGCUCUGGCUAAAAUCUUUGGUGUGCCGGCUGGUUCUACAGACGAUAUUGAAUGUGUUAUUAGUUGAUACAGCUUACUGCAGAACUUUUUAAAUUGUUUGCAUAUCAUUCCUCAUUAUCGCUUCUUCAUCAAUUCCUUUCCUUAAAAUCCUGCUUUGUGGGAAUUUGGGUGUAUAUGUUCAGACUCAUGAAGUUUUAAAGGAGUCAGUUUGUUUACCUGUUAUUGUGAUAAUCACCUGACAAGGACUGGUCUGUUGACCCAGUAAUUUCCUAUAGAGAUGAAACCUCUCUACUUCAGAAACAUUGAGCCUCUAUAGGUUCAAAGCCACAAAGUUAUCAGAUAUCUUAAUGAAGUUUUCAAAUUAUUUUUUUUUUCUCUGAAGGUUUUACAAUUUUCUCCUGUCUUGCCUUUUUAAUUUUGACUGAAAACAAUUUUGGUGAGUGAAUAAAAGGUGGGCUUCAAGUAAUACGGCUGAUGUUAAGAAAUAUCUGGUGCUAACUAUUGGGUGUAUAAAUUAUCAAAGAAAACAUGGAUAUAAAGGCAGUAUCUGGUGCUACUUAUUGGGUGUAUAAAUUAUCAAAGAAAACAUGGAUAUAAGGGCAGUAUCUGGUGUUACUUAUUGGGUGUAUAAAUUAUCAAAGAAAACAUGGAUAUAAGGGCAAUAUCUGGUGCUAACUAUUGGGCAUGUUAACUGCCAAUAAUUGAAGAAACAUUGAUAAGAUAAGAUUUCUUUUUGUAGCAGUUUUAUAGAGUAAAAGUGUAUUUUGGUUUUUGUAAAUGAUUUCUUUGAUUUUAAUAGUUAAUCAUAUCAAGAAGAUUUUAUUUGAAAUUUGCUGAAAUUUAAGGCACGGGGAUUUGUAUAUUUUUUUUAGGUACAUAGGUAUUUGAGUUUUGCUCUGAAUUAAUGAGUUUUUAUUUGACGAAUCUCAGUCUUUAUAAGUUUAUAUAGAAGUGAAGUAUAAAUCUGUCUUAAUUCUACUAAGAAAUUAUAUCUGUGAAGGUGUGAAACGUGUUGAAUCAUCAGUAUACCCUUUGGGGUGCAAAUCUAUAGCUAAUUUUUAUUCUGUAUUUAAAGAAAUGGCUAACUGUGAAUCAUACAAACUUAGAUUUAACUACAUCUGUGUAGUACACUCUGAUAAUUCUUUGUUUGAUUUGAAUCACAGAUUAAAUACAUUUGCUUUUUAUGUGUAGUUUAUAACUCCUUAAUUAAGUUAUUUUUGUUCUCUCAUCCAUGCAUGAAUUCUAUAAUCUCAAAAUGCUUUCACUAAAAAGAUUAUUUUUUUUACAAUUUCAUCAGAAUUCUAGGAUUGUUUUAUAUCUUUUACUGAUUUAUAAACUAAUUUAAAUCACAUGUAGGGUUAAAAAAUAUUCUACAUGAACAUGGUGGAAUUAAUUUGGUAGUUCUCUCCCUUUAUUUUGUAGUGUGUCAAUGUAAAAUUUUAUUCAUUGUAAUAGUAAUAAGCAUAUUGAGUGUGCUAGAUUUUAUUUGUUUUUUUUUUUUUUUUUUAUUUCCACAUAUUUGAACUGGAAUGAAAGAUAAAAUGGCUUUAUUUAAUGUACAUGUGUGUAUGUAUAUAGGGUCUGUCCUUUUGAUUGUUAGUGAUUUUGGUUUGAGAAGUUGUAGCCCUAUCACACGAGGAUAAUUGAUAUGUUGAGGGGUAGCUGUUACUUUAUUUAUUUGUAAUAGUUCCUGACAAAUUAUAAUGUAUUUGUCGUCAUCAUUAAGCAUAUUAUAUCUACUAAUGUUGAUUGUAGGUACGCUGGUCAUAAGUAUGACAAAACAUACAUUUCAUGUAGAAAAGGGAGUUCUUUAUUCUAGUCAAAAAAUUGUGACAUGUUGAUAAUUCAUGUGUCAAAAUUGUAAUAUAGCAACGAAAAUGGAAAUUUAUUGAGUGUAUUCAUUGAGCAUGAUAUUUCCCAGAUUUGUAUGUGUAAUGUUAACUGGCUAACCAUUGUUAUAGAAUCUGAAAAAAUCUAAAAAAAAAUGUUUUGAGAAAAAAAAUGCAAAAGCAAAAAAAAAUGUACUACUUCUCAAAGUGGCAGAGCUUAUCAUUGCAUAGAAGCCGGUUUCUAUAAGUGAUUUUUUGUUACCCUGUACAGAAACGAUCUCCUUUCAACAGAUGAUUUCUAUAUCAUCAGCCAAAAAAGAGUUAUCAAGUCCCUUUCUUUAAUUUACAAAAGUUUCUAUGUUUAUCAUGUCCUCAGCGUGAUUUUGUUGACAGUGUUGGUUGAGCUUUUGGACUUGUGAAAUCCCACCUUAACCUUGGUAGAAUCUGACCCUACUGUAUACCCAUGCCACUAAAGAUCACUGAUGAUACUGUAGAAUUAUUUAGCACCUGUAUCAGGUGUAAGUAUUUCCAGAUGAUGUACCAUGAUAAUAUACUUAAUUAUAUCAGACACUGCAAUGUGACAAAAAUUCCUAAUCUGUACCAUAUAUAUGAAGUUAUAUAUGUAUAUAUAGACAUACAUGAGGGUAUAUCAAUACAAAAUUGAUUAGAAUUUUCCGUAUUUAAUCUUCCAUAAACUGUUCGUUCUAAGGUAGACAAUUUUUAGGGUAGAAAAUAUCAGAAGUAAUAUUGUGGAGGUCAGUAAGUUAAAAGAAGGACAUGAUGAAUGCUUACUGGAUAUAUUACCUGUGAUACUGAAUAGUGCUGUGUAAUGGUUACUUGUUCCCAUUUUGAAUUUUUUAAAUAAAAAAAUGAAUGACUA